AGCAGCGAUGCCCCACGCAGCCAUGCGGAGCCCCUCCCCGCCCACUCCCUCUCCAUCGCCCCCGCCCACUUUCCGAUCGACACCGGUGCUCGCCGCACUCGCGCACCGGGCGGAGCACGCACUGCAGGAGGUCACGGCGGCACACCACGCCUUCGUGUCCAACCGCACGACGCGUCAACACGGGGCGCUGUCCCUCGCGGUGGCGCACGCCCAGCACGUCUUAAAGGCACUGGAGACGAUGCGCGAGCAGCGAGAGCGACAGCGCCAGCAACAGCAGCAGCAACAAAACCGCAGCACCCUCCAACCUCGUCCUGUGCACCCCUCCCGCACGGCACCAUCAACAACUCCACCGCCACCGUCGACCGUACCCGCACCGAGCAAGGAGGAGUUGAUGCUGUACGUGCGCAUCGACAAGGUGCGUAUUGACCUCCGUCGUGUGCUGCCGCGUGCGGUGGCGGCGAUGGAGGAGUCCGGCAAUUUGGAUGGAGGCGAAGGGUCGAGCCGAUCGGCCGCCAGCACCGCGGCGGCGCUGCGCUCCCUCCUCCACACCCGCUCGAUGCUCUCGGUGGAGUUGAAGAAGAUGGACACGGCGGUGCACGGGCUGGCGAGCUCCGGCGAGUCUCUCGCCGCCCUGCACCAGUCGCUGCAGGAUGUCCACUCCUCCAUGGCGACGGCGCAGCGGAUGGUGCGGAGGCUGCUCACGGUUCAGUCGAGGGAUGAUCUGCUGCUGCGCCUCUCCGCUGUGCUGUUUGUCGUCGUGGUGCUGUACGUGGUGGCGCAGCGUGUAUUCCGGUUUUUCCCGGUGACGGUGUACGUGACGGUGGGAGACGAUUAG